AUGCAAAUUACCAAGCUUCUUACAGCCGCAGGGCUAAUCGGCCUAGCAGCAGCCCACCCUGGCCCUCACCACCAACCCAGCAAACGCGAGAUAAUUAGACGCCAUGAGCUCUCAUCCCGCUGUGCCUCCAACGUGGCAACCUUCAACUCCAAGCGCAUAAAGCGCAAUCUCUCAAAGCGCUUCCCAGGCUCCGCAAACACAACCUACCAAAUCCAGUCCGAAGCUCCAUACUAUCAGACCAUCCAAAACGACACCUGCGUGCUCACCCCCGAGGUGACUGAAGGUCCGUACAUCUGGCCGCAGUCACAGACUCUCCGCCAGGACAUGACCGAAGACCAGCCCGGCAUCCCGCUGUGGUUGGACGUCGGUGUGCUGGAUAUGGAGACCUGCGAGCCACUUGAGGGUGUGCUUGUUGAUUUCUGGCACUGUAAUGCUACGGGCUCAUAUUCUUCUUUCACCGGGUUGUCGCCUAACACGCCUUUUGCGGAGUUGCUUGAAGAUCUGAAUGUUACUAUGACUGGUGAUUUGGACUUGCACACCGAUGACACUACUUGGUUACGUGGAAUGUGGCCUACUGAUAAGCACGGUAUGAUGGAGAUGAAGACAAUUUUCCCUGGAGCAACGCUGAUAAUAUCAGGCUUCUACGUUGAAAGAGCAAUCCACAUCCACGUUCAGGUGCACACUGACUGGACUGUCCGUGGAAACGGCACGAUGGCUUACGGCAACACUGUCAGCACUGGCCAGAUCUACUUCGAUGAACCAUUAUCGAAGAAAAUCAUGGCCCAGGAGCCUUAUGCCUCGCACACACAGAUCAAUCGUACUACCAAUGCUGUGGAUAGUGUCUUUGAAGGUGAUACAGAUAACGGAUAUAACCCUGUCGUUUCAGUUAUUCCGGUUGAUGGCAAUGAUGUUACCAAGGGGAUGGUUGGAUAUAUCACUAUUGGUGUUGAUAAGUCUAAGGUUGAGUAG